AAAACGCAUAUAAAAAGGAAAAUCGGAUUACCACACGCCAAUUGUCGAGCGUAGGAGCUCAGCACACAAUCAACAACCACAACAACACACACACCCUUGCGCUGUACAAUUCUACAACAAUAAAAAAAAAUAAAUAUUCGUUAAAAGUAGUACAUUUUUUUCAUUAAUAAUAGUAUAAUGGAGUUCGUGUUUAGUUCUUUAACUUAUCUUUUACUUUUUGUGUUAACUGCGAUUUUGCUAUUUUUGAUCCGGGAUGAGGUGAAGACAAAAAGUUUGGAUGAAGAUAUUAACGAAGGACUUCGAGAACCACCAGCACCUAAAUCUUGGCCAAUUAUUGGUCAUCUAUACUUGAUGGCACGUCAUAAGGUGCCUUACCGAGUAUUCGGAGAAAUAAUGGUUGAUUUAGGCGCUGUUUUCCGCUUAGAUUUGGGAACAGUACCAUGUGUUGUUAUCAAUGGUUUGCAAAAUAUUCGAGAAGUUUUAAUGGUAAAAGGUGAUCAUUUCGAUAGUCGACCAUCAUUCCGUCGUUUCAAUCAACUUUUUAAAGGCGACAAAAAUAACUCUUUGGCGUUUUGUGAUUGGUCUCAACUUCAGAAAUCUCGCCGUGAAUUGUUAAGAGCCCACACUUUUCCUCAUGCUGCAUCUAAUAUGUACAAUCGCUUAGACAAAUGCGUGAAAACCGAAUUAACAGACUUAUUAGAUACAAUUGAUGCUUUGAACGACACGAGUUGUGUGAAUUUAAAAUAUCUUUUGCUUCAUUCUUGUGCCAAUAUGUUCAUGUCGUACUUUUGUUCUGCCCGAUUUACCAAAUCGUACGAUAGAUUUCGUGAAUUUGUUCGAAACUUUGACGAAGUAUUUUAUGAAGUUAACAUUGGAUCUGCUGGAGAUUUCUUACCUUGGCUUAAACCAUUAUAUCAUUGGCAUUUCAAAAAGUUGCGUUCAUGGAGCGCAUCUAUUCGAAAGUUUAUGAUUAGCGAAAUUUUUGAACAAAGACGCACAGCUUGGAAAAAUGAAAGCAAACCUGUUGAUUUUGUAGACAGUAUCUUGGAGGCUUGUUCUCAAUCCGACAGGGACGAUGGUUUUAAUGCUGACGUUGGAUUAUUUGCGUUAGAAGAUAUCAUAGGAGGGCAUUCUGCUAUAACAAACUUCAUCGUCAAGGCUUUAGGAUUUUUGGUAGAAAGACCAGACGUACAAAAACGCAUCCAAGAAGAAGCUGAUGCUGUAACUUUAGUAUCCGGAAAUAUUGGACUCGCUGAACGUUGUCAAAUGCCCUACACUGAAGCUGUUGUUUAUGAAACUAUACGGUUAAUUGCUUCUCCUAUUGUACCUCAUAUGGCGAACAAAGACACAUCUAUUGCUGGCAUGAAAAUUUCAAAGGGUACAACAGUAUUCAUCAACAACUACGAUUUAAACAUGAGUCCUGAACUUUGGGAAAAUCCAGAACAUUUUAACCCUGAAAGAUUCAUAAAUGAAGAAGGUAGAUUAGAAAAACCCGACUACUUUUUACCGUUCAGCGGCGGAAAACGAUCUUGUAUGGGAUACAAACUAGUACAACUUAUUUCGUAUUGCACAAUUGCUACUUUACUUCAAAAAUACUCAUUAUUGCCUGUUGAAGAUGUGUCCUACUCAGUACCAAAAGGUAAUUUAGCAUUACCUUAUGUUACAUUUCCAUUUCAGCUUCGUAAAAGAACGACGGAACAAUUGAAAUAACUUUAUCUAUCCAAAUAAUCAUAUUUCCCAGUAUUUCGUUAUUAAUUUUGUUAUAUAAUCUAUUUUUAUUGUAUAGUUGCAAUAGAAAUUAAGUUUGUGUAAGCGUAUUUGUGUGUGUGUGUGUGUGUGUGUAUGUUGUGUGUUUUAAUAUUGUUGAAAAUUCACGUAGACAAUUUUGAGAGAAUUUGAUGAUAAUUUAUUACAAUAAUUAAAUAUUAAAUGAAUAAAACGGACUAAGGUCUAAUAGUACAGAUUAAUAUAAUUUAUCAAUUUUCAUCGAGCAUUUUUUUUUCACAAAAAUUCUGAUUAAAUAAUAAUAAAUUAACAAAAAAAUUAUUUUGUUUUUAAACAUUUGAGCUUUUGUUGAUAGGCACUUAUUUUAAUUUUCCCCUCGAAAAAUUUUAUAAG